GCUGGAAAUCGAGCUCUCUCAUGCGUUCUGGUCCGAUGGGUGGUUGGGAAAGAAUGCUGGUGUUGCGGAAUCGAAUUCUGACUACUGGGGAGACGUAUAGUUGAUGGGAACUGAUGAACUUUCUCACAGGAGGGAUGAUCGGUGUCUCUCAAAGAUGACGGACUAUGAAAUUAGACAUUCGACUGAAUGAUAAAACCCCGUAGAUUGAUCAGUUUUGAUAGGUCGAGAAAGCAAAGAAUUCUGGAUCAUCGUUGCAAAGAUUGUGCAGGGUAUCGGACGAGAAGUCAUGGAUGGGCCGGAAUUAAAGGUUAAUGUCCGAACCCUAGACGGAAGAAGUAUGACCGUUGCGGUUGCUAAUGGUCAGACGGUGAAAAUUUUAAGGGAUAUAUUAAAGGAAUCGUUGGCCACCGCAGGCGAUUGUCAGAAUUUUCAUCUAUUUUUGAAGGGCCAAAAGUUGAACUUAGAGGAUAAGUUAGAGCAUGCCUUGAUCAGAUCUGAAGAUUUUAUAGUUCUCAUGCCCUAUAGAAAGAAAAAACAAUCUUUAACUGAUGUCAGCACAUGGCAGAGUUAUCCAUCUCAUGAAACAGGGGGGAAUGAGACACAUCCUGGUUGUUCAACAAAAACUAGGACACAUUUAAAAUGGAGUAGCUCCAGUGCCAGUUCCAGUGCUGCUGAGGGCAGAUCUACAAACAUGAUUUGCAACUCUAAGCCGGAGGACACUCAAAUUAGAUCCUUUACAGAGGCUGCUUGGUCUGAUAUAGUGUCUGAUCUUUCAUCUGUCUCAGAGAUUAUGCGGGACUCCUCCAAUGUCGAUAUACCUUUGAAGAAGAAAGGUUCAUCAACGAGAGUAAGCCUUAGAAAUGAGGACUUGCUGAGAUUUUUUGGCCUAGUGGAUGCAAAUUCAUCUAGAAGGUCAAAUCAUUCCAGCAGUAAUGAUCUUGGAUCAUGUGUUUCUGAAGCUGUUGACAUUCCAUGUCCUUUAAGCCCCUGGUGUGCCAUCAAAGACAAGUGUUAUGAGCAGUUUUAUCAAAUCAUAGAGUCUGUAAAUUGCUUGUUGGAUUUACAAACAGGGAGCUGCUUGCUGUUUCAGGAAUUUGGCAAAGCAUCCUUUAUGGCAACUAAUCUUUCUAAGGUGGAUGGAAUUGCAUGCUCUGAUGAAAGAAGUCAAUGCAUUUGCCCUUCAUGGUUGAAGAAAGUCCUCAAGGUGUUCACUUUUUUAAACAUUAUAUAUGCUUAUCUUCAGAUAAGCAACAUGAAGGUUGCUUGGUCUAGUGUGGAGGAGUUACUUAGAAGUAUUAAGAUUUUUGACACGGAGCUUAUCACUGUUAGUGAUAUAGAGGACCUUUCAGUUCUUUGCCCAAAGACAGUUCAGCUUAAUGCUAGAGAAGGCCAUAUGGACGAAUCAGACAUUCCUAUCAAUAUCGUUGAUCCAGAUAUCAUGGUUAUGGAUAGCCUUGGCAUGAGAAUUGCCAAGAAGCAGAUUUUUGGUCAGGCUAUUGUAGAUAUUAUAAUGAAUCGGCAACACAAUUUUGAAAAAGAGAUUUGGAGGAUUGUCAAGGAUUUUUGGGUAUCAAAAGCAUCUAUAACAGGCUCAUCUCAUUCUUUGACGCUGGAUGAUGUUCUCAUUUUUGUGAAAGAAGGAAACAAUGUUACCAUGAAGACUAAGAAACUGAAACGUACAAGGGAGAGCAAAACCCCUACAAGAAAUUCACAGUGCAAGGACAGACAUCAGAUGCUACCAGAAAAAAUGCUUGAACAUCUAAGAGAGGGAAUCGGCUCUCAUGAACAGAUUGUCCAUGUGGAAUAUAUUAGGUCCAGAACAGCCAUGCAUGUAGAGAUUCCAAACAAUCUCUUGAGUACUACACGAGCCGCACUUAGAAAGAUGGGGAUAUCUAGAUUAUAUAGUCAUCAGGAGGAAUCAAUACGCUAUUCACUUUCCGGUAAGAAUGUCGUUGUGUCAACCUCAACUGCUAGUGGGAAAUCCCUGUGCUACAACGUGCCAGUUCUGGAAGCACUGUCUCAAGACUUAACAUCAUGUGCUAUAUAUAUAUUUCCGACAAAGGCCUUGGCUCAAGACCAGUUGCGUGUGUUGUUAGAAAUAACAGGAUAUGCUGAGGUUGGUUUAGACAUUGGAGUUUAUGAUGGUGACACUUCUCAAGCUGAUCGAUCAUGGAGCCAUGCCAACGCUAGACUAUUGAUUACAAAUCCAGAUAUGUUGCACAAAUCAAUUUUGCCAUUUCAUUUUCAAUUCCAGCGGAUUUUGUCAAACCUCAGGUUUGUUGUCAUUGAUGAAGCCCAUGCAUAUAAAGGUGCAUUUGGAUGCCACACGGCUCUUAUCUUACGCCGACUACGUAGAUUAUGUUGCCAUGUAUAUGGGAGUGAUCCAUCCUUUGUAUUAUGCACAGCCACUUCUGCUAAUCCUCGUGAGCAUGCAAUGGAGCUUACAGGCCUUGGAUCUGUAGAGCUGGUUCAGAAUGAUGGAAGCCCUUCUGGUCCAAAGCUCUUUGUAUUGUGGAACCCUCCACUUCGCUCGAUGAAUGGAUCAUCAAGAUUGCAUGGGCCUAAAUUGCAAACCAGUCUACCAGAAAGUGUAUCUGCAAAUGAAGACAAUAUGGCUAAACGUUCUAGCCCAAUCAUGGAGACUGCUUUAAUAUUUACAGAAAUGGUUCAGCACGGACUCCGAUGCAUUGCUUUUUGCAAGACACGUAAACUUAGUGAACUUGUUCUCUGUUACGCACUUGAAAUUCUUCGGAAGACUGCACCGGAUCUUGUUAAUUAUGUUUGCGCUUAUCGUGCUGGAUAUAUUGCAGAGGAACGGAGAAAAAUAGAGAUGGAUUUCUUUGGUGGGAAGCUUUUGGGGGUUACUGCAACGAAUGCACUUGAACUAGGGAUUGACGUUGGCCAUAUUGAUGCUACGCUACAUCUAGGAUUUCCUGGUAGUGUUGCUAGCUUGUGGCAGCAAGCUGGGCGGUCUGGAAGAAGGGAAAAUGCAUCAUUGUCUAUAUACAUUGCAUUUGAAGGACCUCUGGAUCAGUAUUUCAUGAAAUUUCCGCAGAAACUUUUUGGAAGGUCUAUUGAGAAUUGUCAAAUUGAUGUUCACAACAAGCAGAUUUUAGAGCAACAUAUUACUUGUGCUGCUUUUGAGCAUCCAUUGUCUUUGCAACAUGAUGCCGAAUACUUUGGUUCCAGGCUAGAGGAUACAAUAACAACCCUCAGGACUAAAGGGAACUUAGGUCAUGAAUCAUGCAAUACCUCUGUCAGAACAUGGGUUUAUGUAGGGCGUGAGAAAAUCCCCUCACAUGCAAUUGGCAUCCGUUCAACAGAAAAUGAUAAGUAUCAAGUAAUCGACGAGAAUACAACUGCUGUGAUCGAGGAGAUUGAAGAAAGCAAAGCCUUCUUUCAGGUUUAUGAAGGUGCUGUCUAUAUGCAACAAGGGAAACCUUACCUGGUCACAGUGAUAGAUUUAUCUGCAAAGAUUGCUAUAUGUAGAAAAGUGGAUUUGAAGUACUACACAAAAACCCGUGAUUAUACUGAUAUUCAUGUUUUUGGUGGUGAAUAUGCAUAUCCUGCUAAGAUGACUGGAAUGAACUAUCAGAGAACAACAGCUCGGGUGACUGCAUGUAAAGUAACAACCAAAUGGUUUGGCUUCUAUAAAAUUUGGAGAAGAACUAACAAGAUCUUUGACAAAGUUGAUCUAUUUCUACCAGAAUAUUCUUAUGAAUCUCAGGCUGUUUGGAUUCGUGUUCCUGAACCAACCAAAAUAAAAGUGGAAGCUCAGAAUCUUCCAUUACGCACAGGGCUUCAUGCUGCUUCUCAUGCAAUACUUAAUUUGGUACCUUUGUAUAUAAUGUCAAAUUCUUCAGACUUGGGGACAGAGUGUGCAAAUCCACAUGAAUCUCGUUAUUUUCCAGCAAGACUACUCUUGUAUGACCAGCAACCUGGUGGAGUUGGUAUUUCAGCACAGGUACAACCACUAUUUGGAGACCUUUUAAUUGCUUCAUUGGAACUUAUUAGAUCAUGUAGCUGCUUGGGAGAUAAAGGCUGUCCAAACUGUGUGCAGGUCUGUUUAGGCAUUCUGUACCAUCUUCAAUGUGGAUUUUUUUAUUAUUAUUAUUAUUAUUUUUUGUUUUUGCAAGAGCACCCAGCAUUUAAAAAAUUAUUGCAGAAUUUUUCUUGUCCCGAGUAUAAUGAAGUUCUGAGCAAGACUGCUGCCAUUUUAGUUCUUGAGGGUGUCAUUGAGUCGGAAAAUUUAAAGGCAACAUGAAGUGGAGAAGGAACUGAAACAUCUCCACGACCAUAGUACCAAGUGGCUGCUAGAAUGUGGUUCUCGCGUAACACUUGACACAUUCAAGUGACUGGAGCUGGUGUAAAGACGUCUUGCAAUAUAGAUUACGAGGUGGAGGAGGAUAGUAGAUCAAUAAGCUAUUAGCACCAUCAGAUAGCAAAGAUGUUGUACUCGUCAUUCGCUUUUGCUAGCAGGAAAUGCAAUUAGUUCAUUGAGUAAUUGACAUCUGAGUGUACUUGGGGGAAGAGUAACAAUUUAUUCCACACAAACAUAAUCUUGAACCUCUUUUUCUCGGUUUAGGUACAUGCAUACACGUAUGCAUGUGGCUCGCGGACAUUUGUGGGCUUCCAUUACCGAGUAGUAACUUUACAAAGACUAGCUCACAAGCGUCUCCACAUGGUCGCCAGGGUUUGUUCGAAGAAUUUUUGUUAUGGUUUGGCUAAAAAUUCAGGAUUUUAAUUAUCAUGGCACUGUCUAGGCAUAUAUAUUUAUUACUUCUCACAUACUAAUCAGUUAGAAAAGUUUUUAUGUA